AUGGAGUUGGCUCAUGAAGGAAAGAUCACCCUUAAAGAUGAUUCUGCUUCUGUUAAUGUCACUUCAAUCAUGUUCGGGUCUCUCGAAGUUGACAUAAAAUACAAAGAAUCAUAUUGCCUCACUACCGAGAAAGGUGGCAAGGCGAUCAGAGACAAAUCGAGUGAAGAAUGUGCCACGAUAACUUUCACUGAUGAAGAUUUGAUAUUAGGAUCCAAACCCCAUAAUCGUCCAUUACUGGUCGUGUAUUAUAUCCAUGAACAAAGGAUUAGCCGGAUAUUUUUAGACGGAGGAGCUGCAGUCAAUGUCCUUCCUCUAUACACAUUGCAAAAAUUGGGAAUACCAGUAGAUCAGUUGUUCGAGAGUCGUAUGACAAUACAUGGAUACAAUCAAGAGGGACAAAGAGCACUUGGCACCAUAAGAUUGAGACUGUUAAUCGAUGAAAUGGAAACUAACCCUUUGUUUUACGUGAUAGAUGCAAAGACAUCUUACAACAUUCUUUUGGGAAGAACAUGGAUACAUGAGAAUGGUGUAGUUCCAUCAAUGUGGCACCAAUGCUUCAAAUACACUCAAAAUGGAGUGACAAAGAAAGUUCUCGGAGACACAAAGCCAUAUGCAGAAGCCGAGUCACACUUUGCGGACGCCAAAUAUUUCUCUACAGAAGCAAAAAAAUCCAAGGUACAUGAAGAUGUCAAAGCACCACAACCAAACUUGGGGGCAUAG